AUGAUGACUACUGCAAUGAGGAAAACGCGCAAGACGCGCAUAGUGUGCAUCUCUGACACGCACAACCAAACACCUAAGCUACCGCAGGGCGACGUACUGAUCCAUGCGGGGGACAUGACGAAACAGGGAAGUCGGCAUGAGCUAGAGAAGACGGUUAGGUGGCUAGAAGCAGCGGAUUUCGAGGCUAAAAUCGUUGUUGCUGGAAACCACGAUAUGACUCUCGAUGCACCUUUCUUCGAGCAGCACAACACUCGGAUUGGAUCAAGUCAUCCAAGAUGGCCAGAUACUCGCAGCUCUGAGGACAACAAGAGACUGUUGGCCGAGUCGACGUCAAUCACAUAUCUGGAGAACGAGGCUGCAACCAUAUAUUUGAACGCUAAAGACGGCCCGCAUACCUGCUUCAAGGUAUAUGGCAGUCCCAACGUGCCCAACAACAGGGAUUGGGGAUUUGCGUACAAGCCUGGAACAGCUCGAAAGAUUUGGGAUGCGAUUCCCUUAGAUACCGAUAUUGCGGUUACGCAUACCCCACCCUUGGGACACUGCGACAAGGCCGUGCAAGAUGAGCGGACUGGUUGUGAGGAGUUGCUUCACGCUCUCCAUCGUGUUAGACCAAUGCUGUCUGUUUUCGGGCAUAUUCACGAAGCACGUGGUGUAGAAAGGGUGCGGUGGAACCUUGAGUCUCCGGGGAAGGGAAGUCUGACGGAUGGCGUGGAAGUCUGGCAGGACCCAGGCAUGGGCAAGAAGCAGUCAAUGGUAGAUUUGACUGCUAGAGGACGUCGUCCUUUGGAUAACCAUAGCAGGCUGACACGUCAGACAUACAGUCCCAGGCACUUGGCCCGGGGCGAGCCUCCCGGUGGGGGCCUGUCAGGUCUGCCUGGCGUCAUUCAGCCUUCUCAGAUUAAUGCCACCUCGUCCUCCGAGGGCGUAGGUGGUGAGGUAAGUGGAGGCGCAAAGUUUAUGCUUGGAGGAGCAAUUGAGCAUCGCCAAGGAGUGGGCGCAAGCGAGGUCGGACCCGAGCACAAGCCUGACGUGGAUGCCGAUGAGCGGAGAGAAACUGUCAUGAUCAAUGCUGCUUUCUUGGGCCCCCAUCAUCUGAAGACCACGUUCAACAAGCCCAUUGUGGUUGACGUCGAUCUUCCAGUGUGGGUAACGGAAGACGACGCAGGAUGA